CGGAGGACUGAAACAGCUUUGAUUACAGAUCGUAAAAGGAUCUGUAGCUAAAUAGCUGCAGACAGUACCAUCCUCAUCAGAUCCUCGCGAAAGAUCAAGAAAAGAUUCAAGAGGACCUGGACAAUACUAAAACUACCUGCACAAAGUGCAACAAUGGGGCUAACUAAAGCCCAACUAUGGACUUGCCUCGCCCUUCUCUGCCUCGGCGGGACCGACGCAGCCGGGAGGCAGCAGAGAUCGGCGAUGAUGAUUCCUCAAGGACAACUCCGAAUCCCCUGCCCGAUGCCACAACCCCCAAUGAACGGCAUGGUGGGCUGUAACACAGACUGGGACGGCACAGAGGUUUGUACGGCCAGCUGUGCGGACGGAUACAACCUGGGUGCCGGCAAUGCAGACAUAUACUGCAACAUGGACGGCACGUGGGAUGGAACCUUCCCAGAGUGUGUGGCCACAGCUCAGAUCUGCGCCCUGCCCUCUCCGCCCAUGUUUGGCCACGUGUCAACUGCGACGGACAUGGACGGCAAGCAGACAGCCACGCCCAGCUGCAUGUCCGGGUACCACCCUGAGACGCCGUUCCUCGCAGAGUACGUCUGCGUCAACGGCGCCUGGAGUCCCACAGCAACCUUCCCCAACUGCGUGAAGGAUGGGUCAGGUGGAGGUGAUGUCAUCCUCCCUGUCCUGCCGGGCUCUACCGAGUCCUCCAUCAUGCAAGUGGAGACUGCUGUGGUGACUGCCGAUCAGUUUGGUCACUGCACAGCGUUUGGGCAGAGCCACUACCGCACCUUCGAUGGGCAGAUGUACUACUUCAGAGGGAGCUGCACCUACCUGCUGGCAGGAGACUGUGCUGACAACACCUUCAAGAUACACGUCAGGAACCAGAGGGACUGCAGUGCUGCAUCCCCCUGUCACCGUUUCCUGACCAUCUACCUGGGCAACAUGGUCAUCAGGAUCGAGAAGGGCGCAACGGGCCCUAUUGUGUUCCACAAUGACCUUGAGCUGACCAUCCCCACCAAGAUUGGAGAUGGUCUCCUGGUGGAGAAGGUGGCAACUUACGUCACAGUCAAGUCUGGGCUGGGUUUCCAACUCAAGUGGGACGGCGAUGAGGCCAUCUUCAUUGAUGUCACAGACGAGCUGAGUGGAAAGACCUGCGGUCUCUGCGGGAAGUUCAACCGCGACCCCAGCGACGACUUCACCGACAUCAUGGGCCACAUCGUUCACACACCAACAGCUUUCGCUAACAGCUACAAGAUGUUGGGCGAUGGUGAGACGUGCCACGACUCGACCAGCCAGAGCAGCCACUGCCUGUCGGACACCACCCAGCACCAGCAAGUCACCGCCUCCGCUGAAGCCACCUGUAGGUCGCUGCUGGACAGCCCAACCUUCGCCACGUGUCGCCAGGUGGUGGAUGCCCAGCCGUUCUACCAGGCCUGUAUGGACGACGUCUGCUUCUGCAACGGGCAGCGCGCCGGCUGCGAGUGCGGAACCUUCGAGGCCUUCGCUCGCGAGUGCAUGCGCCAGAACAUCCACUUCACCUGGAGAACCAACAGCUUCUGCCCGGUGUCCUGCCCUGCUGGCCAGGUCUACCAGGACUGCGGCAGCUCCUGCCCCAAGACCUGCCGUCAGACCGUGUACAAUUGUGAGGACGAGCAGUGCAUCGACGGCUGCCACUGUCCCGACGGAUACUUCCUGCACAACAAUGACUGUCUGCUGCAGGACCAGUGCCCCUGUCUCAGCCAUGGUCAGGAGUACGCACCGGGAUCCACCAUCAAGUCUGACUGUAACGACUGUGAGUGCAAGUCUGGCAGAUGGGAGUGUACAAACAACGUUUGCGAGUCCACUUGCCGUGCCACUGGUGAUCCUCACUACAUGACGUUUGAUGGAAAGCGUUAUGACUUCAUGGGAGACUGUUCUUACACUCUGGCUAGGAACAUCGACAACAGUGUGGCUGACUUCCACAUCGUUGCUGAGAACAUCGAGUGUGGCACCAGCUCCGCCCGGUUCGCCUCCUGCACCAAGUCCAUCUCCGUCAUGCACGGCGGCUCCCAGCUGAAGAUGAAGCAGAACCUGGCACUGCUGCUGAACGGACAGGACAUCACCCGUCUGCCACACAGGGCUCCCGGGCUGUACAUCGAGUGGGCUUCCUCCAUCUUCCAGAAGGUCACCCUUGACAACGGCAUGUCCAUCCUGUGGGAUGGCAACAUGCGUGCCUACAUCACCUCCCCCGCCAGCUUCUCAGGGAAGACCAUCGGUCUCUGUGGUACCUUCGACAACAACCAGAACAACGACUUCCUGACAGCACUGGGUGAUAUCGAGACCAACGCCGUCUCCUUCGCCAACAAGUGGAAGACCGACGACACGUGCAUGGACCAGGCCCUGAUGCCGGGUAGUGAGGAGAUUGCUCACCCAUGUGACAUCUACUCUCAGCUGAAGGCUACAGCUCAGGCUGAGUGUGGCUACCUCAUGCAGGCACCUUUCACAGCCUGCCACGAUGUUGUUGACGUCCAGCCGUUCUACCAGAACUGCCUGUUUGACUUCUGCGCCAGUCAGACCAACACGGAGCAGCUGUGCAGCACCCUGUCCGACUACGCCAUGGCCUGCGCCAGCAAGGGGGUCGUCAUGGACUGGAGGGACAUCGUCCCAGGCUGUGCUCUGAACUGCAUGGGUGACAUGAUCUACCAGUCCUGCGCCACCUCCUGUGGCACCAGCUGUGCCUCCCUUGCCGAGGGGCUGGCCUGCCAGGACGACUGCGUGGAGGGCUGCAACUGUCCGCCCGGCACCGUGCUGGACCACAGCGGGUACUGCGUCACCCCCGAUCAGUGCGGCUGCAUGCACAACGGCCUCCACUACGCCGAUGGUGAGACCAUCAACAAGGACUGCAACACAUGCAUCUGCCACCAGAGCCAGUUCCAGUGUACUGAGAUGGCCUGUCCUGAUGCUCCACUCAUGGCCAACUGUGGUGAGAACGAGGAGUUCACCACCUGCAAGAGCCUGUGCCCGCGCAGCUGCGACAACAUGCACCUGAACGUGGAGUGCACCACUGUGACCUGCGAGUCCGGCUGCCAGUGCAAGAACGACAGCGUGUGGGACUCCACCCAGCAGAAGUGUGUCGCUCCCAGCCAGUGCCCCUGUUACCACGGCAGCCAGAGCUACCAGGCCGGCGAGACCAUCCAGAUGGACUGCAACACUUGCUACUGUAAUGGCCAGCAGUGGACCUGUGAGACCAAGGAGUGCUCCGGCAUCUGCUCCGUCUUCGGUGAUCCUCACUACAAGACCUUCGAUGGCAAGAUGUUCGAGUUCCAGGGAGACUGUGACUACGUCAUCUCCAAGACCAGGGACACCUAUGCCCACCCAUACUCCAUCACAGCUGAGAACAUCCCAUGUGGCACCAGCGGAGUCACAUGCACCAAGAACAUCGUCUUCACCCUCGGUACUGGCGCCAACAGGCAGCGCCUGACCCUUGUGCGUGGCCAGCCCAUCACCGUGACUCAGGGACAGGACUUCCGCGUGCGCGAGUCCGGCAUGUUCAUCUUCAUCAGCACUCCCAUCGGCGUGGAGCUGCAGUGGGACAAGGGAACACGCAUCUACAUCCGUCUGGAGCCACAGAUGAAGGGACAGGUUGAGGGUCUCUGCGGUAACUUCAACGAUGACCAGAACGACGACUUCACUUCUCCAUCCGGUGGCCCCGCCUCCCAGCUGGCUAAUGAGUUUGGUGACUCCUGGAAGGUCCAUGACUACUGCAUGAAUGCUGUGGUUGUUGAGGACACCUGUGCCCUGCACCCCAACCGCCAGUCCUGGGCCCAGCGCAGGUGUUCCAUCAUCAAGUCUGAGGUCUUCGAGCCUUGCCACGUGCAUGUGCCAUACCAGACCUACUACGACAAGUGUGUGUAUGAUGCCUGUGGUUGUGACUCUGGUGGUGACUGCGAGUGUCUGUGUACAGCCAUCGCCGCCUACCACUACGAGUGCGCCCUGCACGGCGUCUACAUCCUGUGGAGAGAGCAGGAGAUUUGCCCAAUGCAGUGUGACCACGGCAUGCAGUAUGUUGCCUGUGCCAACCCCUGCCCAAUGACCUGCUCCAACUACGCCCAGUACGAUCAGCUCUACCCGUCUUGCAACGACACCUGCGUGGAAGGCUGCGGCUGCCCAGAUGGCUUGGUGAUCGGUGAUGAUGGCCAGAGCUGUGUGCGUCCGGAGCAGUGUGCUUGUCUGAUGAUCGAGGGUGUGUCAUAUGACAACGGUGACCAGAUCCCGUUCAUGUCCGACAACUGCAGGACUUGCUACUGUGAGAACCACCAGAUUAAGUGUAUCGGUCAGCCAUGUGAUGGAACCUUGAUUGAGACCACUGCCAAGCCUGAGACGACUCCUGGUGUCUUCACCACGACCUCAGGCGUCACCACCACCCCAGGGACAGACAUGCCCAUCUUCUCCACUACCAGCACUGUCACCAUCAAACCAACCAUCAUCGCCAGCACCACACCUCCCACCACACAGGUGUGCAUGACUGUGAACGGUGUCAGCUAUCUGGAGAACAGCAUGAUUCCUGACUUCAGCACUACCUGCCAGACAUGCUACUGUAUCUCACACAACAUCCAGUGUGCAUACAACCCUGACUGCGCCACCACCACCCCCCAGGCCACGACCGGGACGCCCCCAAUCUUUACCCUCCCGCCUGGCGAGACCACCACAGGUUUCCAGACCCAGACGGCAACGACAGGCACUCUGCCCCUCUUCACCCUCCCCCCUGGCGAGACCACGACUGGAUCCACCGGCACCCUGCCGCCCUUCCAGACCGACACGACCACGGGAGUUCAGACUGCCACCGUGCCGCCUCUGGUUACCGACACCACCACCAAGACUCCGCCAAUCUUCACCCUGCCUCCUGGUGAGACCACCACCGGCGAAACCUCCACUCUGCCAACCUUCCAGACGCAGACCUCAAUUGGAGUUACAACCGGCACUGUGCCUCCCUUCAGCACAGUGGGACAGACCACAGAGAAGCCCACUCAGCCCCCCACUGUUACCAUCAACGGUGGAACUCAGACCACCACACUGCCCAUCGGAGAGCUGCCACCACAGGCCUGUAGGGAGCCAACUGACCACUGGACUCAGUGGUACAGUGUGUCCACCCCCACUGCCCUGACCGGCGGCGACUUCGAGACCAUCGACAGCAUCCGUCAGCAGUACAGCUUCUGCCCGAAGACCAUGCUGACCGCCGUCGAGUGCCGCACCAUCGGCUACAUGCAGGCCGCCCACGCGACCGGCGAGGUCGUGACCUGCGACACCCAGAAUGGUCUGAUCUGUGUCAAUGCUGAUCAGCCAAUGGGCAAGGAUUGCUCCAACUAUGAGAUCCGCUUCUUCUGCGAGUGCGGCCCAGAAGUCACCACCCUGCCUGGCAUUGUCACAGGCACACAGUUCACGACCCAGACCGUGACCACCGUCCCUGUCUUCACUGUGACAACCACACCUCCCGGCGUCACCACUGUGUCCAGCGGCGUCACCACUGAACCCUUUAUGCCUGAUGGAGAGACCCUCACUCCACCAAUCACCACCACCAAUCCUCCUGAGUGUGUGAGGCACGGCUGGACAGACUGGAUGAACGAGGACACUCCAUCCACCGGCUCCGGCGAUGAUGAGACCAUCAAUGCUCUGCGCGCCCAUCACGCUUUCUGUGAGGCUCCCAUGGCCAUUGAGUGUCGCCAGGUCGGCACCAACAUCGUCUACACUUCCAACCAGCCAGAGGUCAUGUGUAACACAUACCUCGGUCUCAGCUGCCUCAACAACAACGGUCUCAUCUGCCCAGACUACGAAGUCAGGUUCUACUGUAACUGCGAAGGCCACUGCGACCAGCCAAUGAACGUUGCCGACAAUGGCGCCAUCAGGGACAACAUGAUCACAUCCUCUUCUGAGCGCCCUGACAGGCCAGCUGAUGACGGUCGUCUGGACCAUCCCACCAGCUCCUGGGUUCCGGCCAUCCAGGACGCCAACCAGUGGAUCGAAGUGAACCUUGGCGAGAAGGUUGAGUUGACAGGCAUCAUCACCCAGGGUCAGGAGGUUGAGGUACUGCCCGGCAACCCUCCGAUGCCUGCCUGGGUCACCUCCUAUGUGGUCCUGUACAGCACCGAUGGUGUUAACUUCUUUGCUGUGCCUGACCUCUACGGCAACCCACAGCAAUUCCAGGGCAACUAUGACAGCGACUCUCAUGUCCAGCACAUUUUCAAUGCACCCAUCGAGGCUCAGUACAUUCGUAUCCAGCCUCUGACUUGGGAGCAACACAUCAGCUUCAGGUUUGAGCUGCUGGGAUGCAGGCCUUUCGGUGAUAUCCCAGACGGAGUGACCCAGUCCACCACCCCCACUCUCAGCCCAGUUGAGAUCUGCCCCUACGGAACCCAGUUCUGGACACCCUUCAUGUCUGCCCACAACCCUGACACUGCUCAGACCGGUGUGCAGGAGACAGAGACAUACGACCUGCUCAGCCAGGCCUACAACCUGUGUGGCAAGGAUAUGGUCGACAAGAUCAUCUGUAGGGAGUCUGCAACCCACAUGCAGGCCCAGACAGGAGGCAUGAUCACCUGCGACAUCGAGAACGGCCUUGUGUGCAACAACGCCAUGCAGCCACAGCACGACUGCGUGGACUACGAGGUCUCCUUCCACUGCAACUGUGGUGGCACCGGGGUGACCACCAUCAACACUCCCAUCACCACCCUGGCAACCGCCACUGCCACCACCAAGCCGACCACCCAAGCCUUCACCACUCAGCCGGCCAACAACCCUCUGUGUGUGGACGGAUGGACGCCUUGGAUCAACACCAACGAGCCUGAUGUCAACGACUUCAUGGGUGGAGACACCGAGAACCUGGCCGCGAUCGCCAGCAACCCAGACUACGCUGCCCUUCUCUGCGGUGGUGACAUGAACAUGAUUGCUGACAUCCAGUGCCGUGAGGUUGGCUCUCAGGCUGACUGGCAGAGCACAGGAGCAGCAGGCCUGCAGUGUGACACCACCAAUGGCUUCUACUGCUCCAACUCUCUCAACUACCCCGUCGCGUGCGAGGACUUCGAGAUCAGUGUGCUCUGUCAAUGUGGUGAGGGAACCACCCAGGCACAGACCACCACCCCCACACCAACCGACGUCUUCAGCCACGAGACUAUGACCCAGCCUCAGACCACUGGUGUUGUCGGCAGUACCCAGACAUCUAGUCAGACCACUACUGGCUCCACCACCCCAACAACAACCCCUGUGUACAACGACGACUGUCCAGAAGGCACCAUCUACUGGACACCGUUCUACAACUCCGACACACCGACCACUGGCACUGAUGGCGGAGACCACGAGACCUACCAGAGCAUCGUGCAGGCUUACGGCGAUGAGCUGAGGAUUUGUGACGAAGCUAUGGUCGACAAAGUCCUGUGUCGCCAUGCUGACUCUCAUCUGCUGACCAUCAUGACCAACGAUGAGCACGUUGAGUGCGACCUCCAGAACGGCCUGGUCUGCUUGAACAACAUGCAGUCUGACGGGAUGUGUGAGAACUACGAGAUCUCCUUCCGCUGUAACUGCGCACCUGCAACAACCAUAGCCGUCAGCACCACCACCCCUGUCGCCACCACCGGCGUCAUCGGCACAACCAGCCCGCUGACCACCCUGGGUCACCUCACGACAACCACGCCACAGACAACUCAGGGCGUCGUCAUCACCGAGACUCCCGGCGUGUCCACCACCCAGCAGGUCUUCACCGAGACCACCACCACCGUGCCCACAUUCACAGACAUCGUCACCGGUGAAACAACAACCAAACCAGGGAUGACAACUGGGUCAAUCACAGAAGUCACUGCAUCCACCACCAUUGGUAUUGAGACCACCAAGCCACCCAUGUCUACUGGCGUGGUGUCCACAGCUAGCACUACCAAGCCACCGAUGUCUACUGGCAUUGAAACCACAGCUAGCACUACCACCACUGGCCAGACUCCAACCAUCGUCAUUGGGGAGACUACAACCAAGCCACUGAUGACAACUGGGUCUAUCACAGAAACCACUGCCUCUACAACUAUCGGUGUUCAGACCACCGAGCCAGGCAUGUCUACUGGUGUGGUGACCACAGCUAGCACUACCAAGCCACCAAUGUCUACUGGCAUUGAAGUCACUACAACCACUACAACGACACCCAAGCCCACCACACCUGUUCAGACCACAACUGUGCCAGAGAACCCACUUUACUGUGUGGAUGGCUGGACUCCGUUCAUGAACAGCUACAGCCCCGACAACGUGGGUGACAUUGAGACCUUCAGCAACCUCAGGGAAAUCUACGAGUUCUGCCCGGUCGAGAUGAUCGACGACAUCGAAUGCCGUGUCGCAGGCUUCAACUUCGACUACGCAAUGGUGGGACAGAACGGUGUUCUCUGUGACGAGAACAUCGGUUUCCUCUGUGACUCCUCUCAGCAGGACGGCACCUGUAUGGACUACGAGAUCAGGGUGCACUGCAGAUGCUCUGAACAGCCUGUGACUACCCCUGGUACCGUCACAAUCAGUACCACCGGUCAGGUCACCCUUACUGGUGUGGUCACUGAGCCUGUAACCGAGCCUACAACUGUCCAGGUCAGCACCACCACCAAGCCUGAGGAGGUCACCACAACCAAGCCAGCUGAGGAGACAACACAGACAAGCACUGUGAGCACCCUGGCUCCUGCUUACUGUCCACCCGGCUCCUCUGCAUGGACACCCUUCAUGUCUGCCGACAACCCGCUCGACGGAAACGAUGUUGAGACGAUCAACGCCCUGCGUGAGAAGUACUCCUUCUGCGAGGACUACAUGAUCACCAACAUUGCCUGCCGUCGUGAGGGAGACCAUAUCACAGCUGACAUGACUGGUCAGAAUGUGCUGUGCCACCCUCAGAUGGGUCUGACUUGCUAUUCUGAUGACAACAAUGGACAGAACUGUUACAACUUCGAGGUGUCUUUCUUCUGUGACUGCAACCUGCUCACAACAGCCUUUGCACCAACAACAACACGGCCUGUGACUGCCACCCAGGUGCUUACAACAACCAGGCCUUUUACAACCGCUACCCAGGCUACAACAACAACAAAGCCCGGCAUGACUACCCAGGCCACAACCACCACCAAGCCACAGACAACAACACAGGCUACUACAGCUACCACCAAGCCAACCACCAUCCAGACUGUGUCUUACCCUGAGACUGAGACAACCACCAGUGCUGUUGGUACAACCACCAGUGCUGGUACCACCAAGCCAACCACCAUCCAGACGGCAACUGUCCCUGGUACUGAGACACCACUCACAACCAUUGGUACCGUGACAGGCUCUGAGACAACCACAAUUGGCACUGUUACCACCAAGCCAACCACCUCUAUUGGAACAGUGUCCAUCCCUACCUCUGAGACAACCACUAUUGCUGGUACCACCAAGCCUACCACCAUCCAGACAGCAACUGUACCUGGUACUGAGACACCAGUCACUACCAUCGGUACCGUGACUGGGUCUGAGACAACCACCCAGUCUGUUGUUACCACCAAGCCAACCACCUCUAUUGGCACAGUCUCUGUACCUACCUCUCAGACAACCACCAUUGCUGGUACCGACAAGCCAACCACCAUCCUGACAGGCACUGUCCCUGGUACUGAAGGAACAACCACCACCAUUGGUACUUUCACCACCAAGCCUACAACACAGACGAUGCAGACAGCUCCGCAGAUUGCUUGCAUCCAGCAUGGCUGGUCUGACUGGAUGAACGUCGAUCGUCCCGACAAUGGCAACAACGCUGGUGACAUCGAGUCCAUCGAUGAGCUGAGGAAGUACUACACUUUCUGUGCCAACCCGACCUCCAUCAAGUGCCGGGAGGUGGGCACCAACGCAUUGUACGAUGCCACUGGUGAUGGCGGAAAUGUCUGUAACCUGGUGACUGGCUUCCAGUGCACCAACGACUUCCAGUGGGAUGCCAUGUGCUCCGACUACGAAGUCAGCGUCUACUGCGACUGCCAACCGGUAACUACCAUCCAGACUCUCCCCACCACACAGACCAUGACCACAGCCUCUCAGCCACCUGUUGUCACAACAACCCAGAAGCCAACCACACAGCAGCCUACAACUGUCCAACAGAACCCAGACCUGUGUGUGGAUGGCUGGACCACAUGGAUGAGCUCUGACGAGCCAGGCAGCCCAAGCGACACCACGGAGGGAGAUGAGGAGACCUUCCCCAGCCUGGUCGCCGCUGGGUACAACAUCUGCGGUGGCAACCAGAACAUGGUUACUGCCAUCGAGUGCCGCGAGAUUGCUACUGGUGCCGACUGGCAGAGCUCUGGUGCACUUGGCAUGCGCUGCGACCUGUACAACUGGUUCUACUGCCGCAACGCUUUCAACUACCCCGUGGGCUGUGAGGACUAUGAAAUCAGGGUGUACUGUCAAUGUAGCGAGACAACCACCACUUCUACCACCACCACUAAGCCCAUCACAAUCACAGAGAGCACCACCACUAAGCCAGUGGUCUCCUCGACUGUUGCUGUUCAGACCACACCAGUUACAACAACAACUGCUGGAGUUUCCACCUUUGCCCCCAUCUGUACUGAUGAGAUGCACGGCUGGACUCCUUGGAUGAACUCCUUCUACCCCAACCCCGCCACUGGCGGUGACUUCGAGACCUUUGACAACCUGAGGGAGAAGUUCAAGUUCUGUGCCAACGAGGACAUCAUCAGCAUUGAGUGCCGCGACUCUGCCACUGGGCUGCCAUUUGACCAGACCGGCCAGAAUGGCGUGAAGUGCGACAUCAACAGCGGUCUGCAGUGUCUGAACACUCAGCAGUUCCCCAUCCCAGCCUGCGCUGACUACGAGAUCAGGGUCUACUGUCUCUGCAGGGAGGAGACAACUGUUGUUACUCCUAUUGUCCUGACCACAACAACCAAGCCAGUCACUCAGACUAGCCAGUUCACCACCUCUCAGACCACCACAACCAUUGGUGUUGAGCAGACCACAACCAAGCCAGUCACUGAGACUAGCCAGUUCACCACCUCUCAGGCCACUACAACCAAGCCCAUCACACAGACCAGUGAGUUCACCACACAGCCAGAGCAGACUACCACAACCAUUGGCGUGGUGGAGACAACAACGAAGCCAGUCACUGCCACCAGCGAGGUUACAACCACCAAGCCGGUGACACAGACUGAGUUCACCACACUGAAGCCAACCACAGCAACAGCUACUGCCACUGUGCCUGCCAACCCGACCACCACCAAGCCCAUCUCCACAGCUGAGACAACAACCGGUGUCACUGGUACAACAACCAUUGCAGGUGAAGAGUCUACAACCACCCUGCCCAUUGGUACCCUGCCAACUGAGAAGCCAACCACAACCAAGCCCCUCACCACUGCUGGGGAAACCACCACCACCAUUGCCAGUGGCACCACCACACCAACCAUCCAAACUGAGAUCAUCACUCAGCCACCAACCACAGAGCACUCCACUGAGGUGCAGGUCCUGACAACAACCACGGCUGCAACCACCACAACCAAACCAGCCACCACCACCAAGCCAGUCUCGACCCAGGUUGUCACAGAGCCGACCACUGGCAUGACAACGAGCUCUCAGGUCUUCACAACUCAGUCUGUUUCUGAGGAGACUACCACUCUGGAGGCUACAACCACCAAGCCUAUCACCCAGACGUUCUCCACAACAACCACCCCAGCAUCCACCUUCGCUCCUCAGUGUCUGCAGGAUGGCUACACUCCAUGGUUCAACCUGGACAAGCCAAACCAGUCUCCAGAUGAUGUUGGUGACAUCGAGACCCUGGACCAGAUCCGUGAGCAGUUCAUCUUCUGUGAGGAUGACAUGAUCACCAAGGUUGAGUGCCAGAUGAGCAUGGGUAAUGGCCAGGGCAUCCCGUCCCAGAACACCGGUCAGCAGGUCACCUGUGACAUCACCAAUGGCCUGACCUGUCUGAACGCUGCUAACCAGCCAACCGGCUGCUACGACUACGAGAUCCGCUUCUACUGUCUGUGCAGCGGCACCACUCCACAGACCACCACCGCCCAGACCACAGCAACUCAGACCACCAUUGGACAGACCAGCACAGGGCAGACCACCCCCAAGCCUGUCUCCACCACAACCAUUGGAGAGGUCACCUCCGUCCCGACAACACCGGGCACCACAGCUGUCACCCUGCCACCCCUCUGCCUGGAGAACGUGGCCUACUGGACACCAUACAUGAACAUGGACCGUCCCAACACUAACAACAACGGUGGUGACAUCGAAACUCUGGAGGCACUUCGUCAGUACUACAGCAUCUGUCCAGUUGAGAUGAUUGAUGAUGUGGAGUGUCUGGAAGCUGCCACCAUGACUGCUCCAUCCCAGGGCAGUGCUGUCAUGUGCAGCCCUACCCUCGGUCUGAUCUGUCUGAACUCCAUGGUUCCUAACAGUGACUGUGAGGACUACGUGGUCAGGUUCCACUGUGCCUGUGGACCAGAGACUACCACAGCUACACAGACCACUGGCCAGACCACCACUGCUCAGCAGACAACCACCACUGGCAAGCCGGGCACCCUCACCCCAACUAUUCAGACCUCCACUCUCAAGCCAGUGACCACCACCUUCGGUGAGAUCACACCAACAGAUGAGGUCGUCACUUUCACAACCUCCACCUCUCAGGAGCCAUCUACCACCAUCGGUGUGCAAACCACAACCAAGCCUGGUGUUGUUACUCAGACCAGCAUUGUGACUGAGAAGCCCACAACCACAGCUGGUGUGACUACCACUGGAACAACCACCAUCCAGACCAAGCCAACCACUCCUGUCACAACCACCGCUGCAAACAACGAGCCAUGCAGGGAGCCUAUGGGUCUGGAGAAUGGCCUGGUCAAGCCAGACCAGAUCACUGCCUCCUCUCACCUGGAUGACCAGCACAAGCCUGAGGACGGUGUCCUGAACAACCCAACUGGUUCCUGGAGGCCAGUCACCAAUGACCAGACUCAGUACCUCCAGGUUGAUCUUGGAGAGCUUGUCCACGUGACCGGCUUCAUCACCCAGGGUGAGCCAGAAACCACCGACUUUGUCACCACCUACUACGUCACCUUCAGCACCGAUGGUGUCAACUUUGUGCCAUACACUGAUGAUGGCAAGGUUGUGACUUUCCCUGCCAACAGCGACAGCACCACUCCAGUCACCAACCUGCUGGACCUGAGCCGACCAAUCACAGCUCAGUACAUCCAGAUCCACCCAGUGACCUGGAAUGACAACAUCGCCCUCCAGGCAGAGAUCCUCGGCUGUGGAGUGACCGCAACAACUACAGUUGCCAGCACAGGGACCACCCCUGGAACCACUGUCGUUACCACCAUGAGCACACCUGUUGCUACCACACUGGGUACCACUAUCCAGACCACAGAAAAGCCAUCCACCAUUCUGGUCACCGAGACACCUGGCACAACCACAACUGGUGCUAUCACCGAGACAACUGGUACCACCACCCUUGGAGUGGUGGAGACCACCAAGCCAACCACAAUUGGCACUGUCACGCAGACCCAGCCCGGCACCACCACCCAGGGUAUCACUGGUGAGACAACCACAACUGGUGCUGUUACACAGACCCAGCCUGGCACUACCACCCAGACUGGCACCACCAAGCCAACUCCAACAGUGACCAUCCAGGUCACAGACACAACUGGUACACUUGUUACCGUUACUGGUGUUGUCACUGAGCCAACCGGUCAGACCACCACCCAGGCUGUCACCCAGACCCAGACCGUCACCUCUUCCCAGCCUGUGACAUACACUGAUGUUAUCACACAGACACAGACAACCAAGCCUGAGGGCACCACCACCCUGGCUACCACCAAGCCAACUGCGACCCAGACCAUUCUUGUCACUGACACUGUUGGCACUACCACCACUGGCUCAACUGCUACUACCAAGCCUCAGACCACUCUCGUUACUGGCACAACUGCUGGCACCACCACCACUGGUUUUGUCACUGGCACCACAACGACCAAGCCCACUCCUGUGACCACCCUUAUCACUGGCACAACUGGCACCACCACCACUGGUGUUGUCAUUGACACCACCACCAUCAAGCCAACGGAGACUCAGAGCACUCUGGUCACCGGCACAACUCUUGGCACCACCACCACUGGUAUUGUCACAGGGACCACCACCACUGGUGUCACCAAGCCCACAACUCCUGUGACCACCACAGCAGCGCACAAUGAGGUUUGCACAGAGCCUCUGGGAAUGGAGGGCGGCCAGAUCAAGCCAGACCAGAUCACCGCCUCCUCUCAGCAGGAUGACCAGCACAAGCCUGAGGAUGGUGUCCUGAACAACCCAAGUGCCUGGAAGCCUGAUGACACUGAUGUCAACCCGUAUAUCCAGAUUGACCUGCAAGAGCCGACCCACGUGACCGGCUUCAUCACCCAGGGCAAGCCUGAGACCAACGAGUUUGUCACCACCUACACUGUCUACUUCAGCACCGAUGGUGUCAACUUUGAGCCAUACACUGAUGAGUUUGACAAGCCUGUGAUCUUCACAGCCAACAGUGACAGCACCACUCCAGUCACCAACCUGCUGGAUGUGAACAACCCAAUCACAACUCAGUACAUCCAGCUCCGCCCAACCAGCUGGAAUGAGGACAUCGCCAUGCAGGUGGAGGUACUCGGCUGCAAGGAGCCUACCACCACCACAGCCACAGUUGGCACCACCACACAGGCUACCACUCCAAUCAUCGUUGUCAGCACAACUGGAACCACGAUGAUCACAACAACCACCACACCUGCUGGACCUCUGCCCUGCCAGGAGCCUCUCGGCAUGGAGAGUGGUGAGAUCAAGCCGGAGCAGAUCACUGCCUCCUCUGUGUACCCAGACCCCAUCGUUAGCCAUGGUCCCGAGCAGGCCAUCCUCAACAACCUGCCCAAUGUGGACGGAACCGGCGCAUGGUCUCCUUCUCCUGAUGAUGUCAACCCUUACCUCCAGGUUGAUCUUGGCGAGCUUGUCCAGGUGACCGGCUUCAUCACUCAGGGCCGUCCCGAGCACACACCUGAGCAGUACGUCACCGAGUACACUGUCUACUACAGCACUGAUGGCAUCAACUUCAUCCCAUACACUGAUGACACCAACACCCCUGUGGUCUUCAACGCCAACACUGACACCACCACACCUGUCACCAACCUGGUGUCCAUCAGCAGACCAAUCCUGGCACAGUACGUCCAGAUCCACCCUCAGUCCUACAACGAGUAUCCCAGCAUGCAGCUGGAGAUUCUGGGCUGCAGAGUGAACGAGCCAACAACAACUCAGCUCUACACUACCACCACCGGGACACAGCCAAUCAGCACCGUUGUUGUGACAGAAACAACCACCAAGCCAGUGACACAGACCUCCGCCCAGACCACCAUCGGCCAGACCACCACCACUGCCCAGGUGACAACCACCACUGGCAAGCCAACCACUGGUGUGGUGACUGAGCAGACAACCACCACUGGUGUUGUUACUCAGACCAGCAUUGUGACUGAGAAGCCCACAACUACAGCUGGUGUGACUACACCUGGAACAACCACCAUCCAGACCAAGCCAACCACUCCAGUCACAACCACCGCUGCAAACAACGAGCCAUGCAGGGAGCCUAUGGGUCUGGAGAACGGCCUGGUCAAGCCAGACCAGAUCACUGCCUCCUCUCACCUGGAUGACCAGCACAAGCCUGAGGACGGUGUCCUGAACAACCCAACUGGUUCCUGGAGGCCAGUCACCAAUGACCAGACUCAGUACCUCCAGGUUGAUCUUGGAGAGCUUGUCCACGUGACCGGUUUCAUCACCCAGGGUGAGCCAGAAACCACCAACUUUGUCACCACCUACUACGUCACCUUCAGCACUGAUGGUGUCAACUUUGUACCAUACACUGAUGAUGGCAAGGUUGUGACUUUCCCUGCCAACAGCGACAGCACCACUCCAGUCACCAACCUGCUGGACCUGAGCCGACCAAUCACAGCUCAGUACAUCCAGAUCCACCCAGUGACCUGGAACGACAACAUCGCUCUCCAGGCAGAGAUCCUCGGCUGUGGAGUGACUGCAACAACUACAGUUGCCAGCACAGGGACCACCCCUGGAACCACUGUCGUCACCACCAUGAGCACACCUGUUGCUACCACACUGGGCACCACUAUCCAGACCACAGAGAAGCCAUCCACCAUUCUGGUCACCGAGACACCUGGCACAACCACAACUGGCUCUUUCACCGAGACAACUGGUACCACCACCCUUGGAGUGGUGGAGACCACCAAGCCAACCACCACUGGUGCUGUCACACAGACCGAGCCUGGCACCACCACCCAGGGUAUCACUGGUGAGACAACCACCACUGGUGCUGUCACACAGACCCAGCCCGGCACCACCACCCAGACUGGCACCACCAAGCCAACUCCAACAGUGACCAUCCAGGUUACAGACACAACUGGUACACUUGUUACCGUUACUGGUGUUGUCACUGAGCCAACUGGUCAGACCACCACCCAGGCUGUCACCCAGACCCAGACCGUCACCUCUUCCCAGCCUGUGACAUACACUGAUGUUAUCACACAGACACAGACAACCAAGCCUGAGGGCACCACCACCCUAGCUACCACCAAGCCAACUGCGACCCAGACCAUUCUUGUCACUGACACUGUUGGCACUACCACCACUGGCUCAACUGCUACUACCAAGCCUCAGACCACUCUCGUUACUGGCACGACUGCUGGCACCACCACCACUGGUUUUGUCACUGGCACCACAACAACCAAGCCCACUCCUGUGACCACCCUUAUCACUGGCACAACUGGCACCACCACCACUGGUGUUGUCAUUGACACCACCACCAUCAAGCCAACGGAGACUCAGAGCACUCUGGUCACCGGCACAACUCUUGGCACCACCACCACUGGUAUUGUCACAGAGACCACCACCACUGGUGUCACCAAGCCCACAACUCCUGUGACCACCACAGCAGCGCACAAUGAGGUUUGCACAGAGCCUCUGGGAAUGGAGGGUGGCCAGAUCAAGCCAGACCAGAUCACUGCCUCCUCUCAGCUGGAUGACCAGCACAAGCCUGAGGAUGGUGUCCUCAACAACCCAAGUGCCUGGAAGCCUGAUGACACUGAUGUCAACCCGUACAUCCAGAUUGACCUGCAAGAGCCGACCCACGUGACCGGCUUCAUCACCCAGGGCAAGCCUGAGACCAAUGAGUUUGUCACCACCUACACUGUCUACUUCAGCACUGAUGGUGUCAACUUUGAGCCAUACACUGAUGAGUUCAACAGGCCUGUGACCUUCACUGGAAACAGUGACAGCACCACUCCAGUCACCAACCUGCUGGAUGUGAACCGACCAAUCACAGCUCAGUACUUCCAGAUCCACCCAACAACCUUCAAUGAGGACAUCGCCAUGCAGGUGGAGGUGCUCGGCUGCAAGGAGCCUACCACCACCACAGCCACAGUUGGCACCACAACCAAGCCUACCACUACUCAGGCUACUACCACUCAGGGUACUACUACUCAGGCUACUACACCAAUCAUCGUUGUCAGCACCACUGGAACCACGAUGAUCACAACGACAACCACACCUGUUGGACCUCUGCCCUGCCAGGAGCCUCUUGGCAUGGAGAGUGGUGAGAUCAAGCCGGAGCAGAUCACUGCCUCCUCUGUGUACCCAGAUCCCAUCGAAAGUCACGGUCCCGAGCAGGCCAUCCUCAACAACCUGCCCGAUAUGGACGGAACUGGCGCAUGGUCUCCUUCUCCUGAUGAUGUCAACCCUUACCUCCAGGUUGAUCUUGGCGAGCUUGUCCAGGUGACCGGCUUCAUCACUCAGGGCCGUCCUCAGUACACACCUGAGCAGUACGUCACCGAGUACACUGUCUACUACAGCACUGAUGGCAUCAACUUCAUCCCAUACACUGAUGACACCAACACUCCUGUGGUCUUCAACGCCAACACUGACACCACCACACCUGUCACCAACCUGGUGUCCAUCAGCAGACCAAUCCUGGCACAGUAUGUCCAGAUCCACCCUCAGUCCUACAACGAGUAUCCCAGCAUGCAGCUGGAGAUUCUGGGCUGCAGAGUGAACGAGCCAACAACAACCCAGCUCUUCACCACCACCACAGGGACACAGCCAAUCAGCACUGUUGUUGUAACAGAAACAACCACCAAGCCAGUGACACAGACCUCCGCCCAGACCACCAUCGGCCAGACCACCACCACUGCCCAGGUGACAACCACCACUGGCAAGCCAACCACUGGUGUGGUUACUGAGCAGACAACCACCACUGGUGUUGUUACUCAGACCAGCAUUGUGACUGAGAAGCCCACAACUACAGCUGGUGUGACUACACCUGGAACAACCACCAUCCAGACCAAGCCAACCACUCCAGUCACAACCACCGCUGCAAACAACGAGCCAUGCAGGGAGCCUAUGGGUCUGGAGAACGGCCUGGUCAAGCCAGACCAGAUCACUGCCUCCUCUCACCUGGAUGACCAGCACAAGCCUGAGGACGGUGUCCUGAACAACCCAACUGGUUCCUGGAGACCAGUCACCAAUGACCAGACUCAGUACCUCCAGGUUGAUCUUGGAGAGCUUGUCCAUGUGACCGGCUUCAUCACCCAGGGUGAGCCAGAAACCACCGACUUUGUCACCACCUACUACGUCACCUUCAGCACUGAUGGUGUCAACUUUGUGCCAUACACUGAUGAUGGCAAGGUUGUGACUUUUGCUGCCAACAGCGACAGCUCUACUCCAGUCACCAACCUGCUGGACCUGAGCCGACCAAUUACAGCUCAGUACAUCCAGAUCCACCCAGUGACCUGGAAUGACAACAUCGCCCUCCAGGCAGAGAUCCUCGGCUGCGGAGUGACAACAACACCUGCAACAACCAUCUUCAGCACUGAGCCCACUCCUGGCACUGUUACCAUCGGUACUGUGACCACUUCCACCCUGAGCACAGCCACUGCUACCACUCUGGGUACCACUAUCCAGACCACAGGGAAGCCAACCACCACUGGUGCUAUCACCGAGACAACUGGCACCACCACCCUUGGAGUGGGAGAGACCACCAAGCCAACCACCACUGGUGCUGUCACACAGACCCAGCCUGACACCACCACCCAGAUUGUCACUGGUACAACCAUCGGCACUCUGCCAACUGGUACAACCACCACUGGUGCUGUCACCCAGACUCAGGUGGUGACUGUCACCUCUUCCCAGCCUGUGACAUACACCGAUGUUGUCACACUGACGACCAAGCCUGAGGUCACCACCACCCUGGCUACCACCAAGCCAACUCCGACCCAGACCAUUGUCACUGGCACAACUGCUGGUACCACCACCACUGGUAUCGUUACCGGCACCACAACCAUCAAGCCAACUGAGACGCAGAGCACUCUGGUCACCGGCACAACUCUUGGCACCACCACCACUGGUAUUGUCACUGAGACCACCACCACUGGUGUCACCAAGCCCACAACUCCCGUGACCACCACAGCAGCAAACAAUGAAGUUUGCACAGAGCCUCUGGGAAUGGAGGGCGGCCAGAUCAAGCCAGACCAGAUCACUGCCUCCUCUCAGCUGGAUGACCAGCACAAGCCUGAGGAUGGUGUCCUGAACAACCCAAGUGCCUGGAAGCCUGAUGACACCGAUGUCAACCCGUACAUCCAGAUUGACCUGCUUGAGCCGACCCACGUGACCGGCUUCAUCACCCAGGGCAAGCCUGAGACCAACGAGUUUGUCACCACCUACACUGUCUACUUCAGCAACGAUGGUGUCAACUUCCUGCCAUACACUGAUGAGUUCAACAGGCCUGUGACCUUCACUGCCAACAGUGACAGCACCACUCCAGUCACCAACCUGCUGGAUGUGAACCGACCAGUCACAGCUCAGUACUUCCAGAUCCACCCAACAACCUUCAAUGAGGACAUCGCCAUGCAGGUGGAGGUGCUCGGCUGCAAGGAGCCUACCACCACCACAGCCACAGUUGGUACCACCACCAAGCCUACCACCACUCAGGCCACCACCACUCAGGGUACUACCACUCAGGCUACCACCACCCAGGCUACCACCACCCCAAUCAUUGUGGUCAGCUCCACCACUGGCACCACCAUUGUGAUGACCACCACCACACCUGUUGGACCUCUUCCCUGCCAGGAGCCUCUUGGCAUGGAGAGUGGUGAGAUCAAGCCGGAGCAGAUCACUGCCUCCUCUGUGUACCCAGACCCCAUCAUCAGCCACGGUCCCGAGCAGGCCAUCCUCAACAACCUGCCCAAUGUGGACGGAAUCGGCGCAUGGUCUCCUUCUCCUGAUGAUGUCAACCCAUACCUCCAGGUUGAUCUUGGCGAGCUUGUCCAGGUGACCGGCUUCAUCACUCAGGGCCGUCCUCAGUACACACCUGAGCAGUACGUCACCGAGUACACUGUCUACUACAGCACCGAUGGCGUCAACUUCAUCCCAUACACUGAUGACACCAACACUCCUGUGGUCUUCAACGCCAACACUGACACCACCACACCUGUCACCAACCUGGUGUCCAUCAGCCGACCAAUCCUGGCACAGUACGUCCAGAUCCACCCUCAGUCCUACAACGAGUAUCCCAGCAUGCAGCUGGAGAUUCUGGGCUGCAGAGUGAAUGAGCCAACAACAACUGCAGUUGUCACAACAACCUUGGGACCAUUUGUCACCACCACCAAGCCAGUCACACAGACCAGUCAGUUUACCACACAGCCAGAGCAGACCACCACAACCAUUGGUGUGGUGCAGACAACAACUAAGCCAGUCACUGCCACCAGCGAGGUUACAACCACCAAGCCGGUGACACAGACUGAGUUCACCACACUGAAGCCAACCACAGCAACAGCCACCACCACUGUGCCAGAAAACCCAACCACCACCAAGCCCAUCCAGACAACUGGUGAGACAACCAUUGUCACUGGUACGACAACCAUUGCUGGUGGCGAGGUUACAACCACCCUGCCCAUUGGAGAAGUGACCACUGGUACAACAACCAUUGCAGGUGGCGAGCCUACAACUACCCUGCUCACUGGAGAAGGGACCACUGGUACAACCACCCAGCAGUUUACAACCACCACCAAGCCCAUCCAGACAACUGGCGAGACUACAACUGCUGCCACUGGUACAACAACCAUUGCAGGUCCCACUGGUACAACCACCCUGCCCACUGGAACCGUGACAGCCACCCAGCAGACAACUGAGAAGCCAACCACAACCAAGCCUCUCACCACCACUGCUGGAGAAACCACCACCACCAUUGCCAGUGCCACCACUACACCAACCAUCCAAACUGAGAUCAUCACUCAGCCACCAACCACAGAGCACUCCACUGAGGUGCAGGUCCUGACAACAACCACGGCAGCAACCACCACCACUAGUGCCAAGCCAACUACAGUGACCACUACGACUAAGCCCUUCAAUGCUCCACUGUGUGCUGAGAACUACCCAUACUGGACUCCCUUCAUGAACGGUGACAGGCCCAACGAGAACCAGAAUGAUGGUGACAUCGAGCUCAUCGACUCUCUGCGUCCUCUGUACACCUUCUGUCCCACUGAGAUGAUUGAUGACAUCCGUUGCAGGGAGGUAGGAACUGGUGCCAUGCCCACAGAGAACAUGGUCGUGUGCGACUUCAACACCGGUCUGCAGUGCUUCAACGCACUUCAGCCUGAUGGCUCCUGCCAGGACUACGAAGUCAGCUUCCACUGUGCCUGUGGCCCAGAAACCACCACUGCCUCUCAGACCACCACUACACCUGGCACCACAACUGCCACACAGACCACAGAAAAGCCGGUGACAACCACCCUGGCCACUGAGCCACUUGUCACCCAGACUGUUGCCACCACCACUGUGCCAACAACUACUGGGACAACAACCAUCAAGCCUGGCGUGACCACCAUCUGUGCAGACUACAACCCAUGUGCCUUCACCUGUGGCUCCAUCUGUCACUCCAUGUACAUGAUGUACACCGAGUGUUACGGCAAGCCUGAUGACUACUGCAUCGCUGCCUGCACCGACAUCAAGUGCCCACCUGGCACUUUCAUGGACAACCAGAACGGCCAGCUGACCUGCAAGCCUGAGGGUGCCUGCCCAUGUAUGCUGGAGGAUGGCACCAUUGUUCCUCCUGGCUCCUCCUGGAUGAACGAUGAUGACAGGUGUACUUGCUUCAACAACGACAUCCAGUGCAUGAGCCCCACCACCCAGGUCAUCACCACGACCAGGCCAGUGACCGGCACUGCCACCCAGACCACCACCACCGCUACCCUGGCCACCACCACCAGCACCAGGCCAACCGGCGUGUGCGUUGAUGGCUGGACUCCAUACAUGGAUGUGGACUCCCCAGACACUGGCCGUGAUGGCGACUUCGAGACCCUGGACUCCCUGAGGGAUCAGUUCUACUUCUGUGACACCCAAAUGAUCACUGACAUCCUGUGCCGUGUGGUUGGCACCGACUCCACCUACUCCUUCCAGACUGGCGAGAACGUCAUCUGUGACGAGUUCACCGGACUGAAGUGCUUCAACCAGAUGCAGCAAGAUGGCCGCUGUGAGGACUACGAAGUCUCUGUGCACUGCCAGUGCAACCCCAUUGAGACAACAACUGCUGGAACAACAACAACUGUUGGUACAACAACCAUUGCUGGUGUUGAGUCUACAACCACCCUCCCCAUUGGAGAGGUCACCACCACUUCAGCUAAGCCAACCACGGCAACAGCUACUGCCACUGUCCCAGCCAACCCGACCACCACCAAGCCCAUCACCACGACUGCUGGAGAAACCACCACCCUGCAGACUCAGACCCAGACUAUUGGCACCCUGCCAACCCUGCCUACUGCGACCACCACUCUGCCAGGUGUCACCACCACAGCUACCAUCACUGAUACUGGUGCCACCCAGACUGUGUCCAUCGGAACAACUGGCAAGCCAACCACAACUCUCUCCACCACCAAGCCCACAAGCACCCAGGUGUUCACUGAUACCACCACCAGGCCUGUGACCACCACAGCCUCUCAACUGGACCAGUGCAACAUGUGGACUCACUGGACCAGCUUCGACACUCCCAACGAUGAUGGCUCUGACAUCGAGCCCAUUGACCAGAUUCUGGCUCAGUACAGCUUCUGCGAGAAGGACAUGCUGCAGCUGAUCCAGUGCCGUAUCGUCGGCACCGACAUCAUGGCUCAGACAUCUGGAGAGAACCUGGAAUGCUCCACCGAUGUUGGUCUGCAGUGUCUGUACCAGAACAAUGCACCAAUCCCAUGCAGCGACUUUGAAGUCCGUGUCCUCUGUGUGUGCGAAGAGACAACAACUGCAUCUCAGACCACCAAGCCAACAACCCUGGCCACAGUGACACAGACCCAGCCUGAGACCACCACCCAGAUUGGCACCACCAAGCCGACUCCCACACAGACCAUCGCCACCGUGCCAACUGGUGAGACGACCACCCAGGCUCUCACUGGCACACCUGGCACCACCACCACUGGUACCUUCACUGUGCCCACAGUGACCCAAACUCAGGUUGUCACAACAACAAAGCCUGUGACUGCCACUGGUGUUGUUGUCACAGAGACAACCAAGCCUGAGGUCACCACCACUCUGGCCACCACCAAGCCAACUCAGACCCAGACCAUUCUUGUCACUGAGACCGUUCCAACUGGUCAGACCACCACUGGUGCUGUCACCCAGACCCAGGUGGUCACUGUCACCUCUUCCCAGCCUGUGACAUACACCGAUGUUGUCACACAGACGACCAAGCCUGAGGUCACCACCACUGGUAUUGUCACCAGCACUGGUAUUGUCACCAAGCCCACAACUCCUGUGCUGACCACAACUGCAGCACAUAAUGAGGUUUGCACAGAGCCUAUGGGAAUGGAGAAUGGUCUGAUCAAGCCAGACCAGAUCACCGCCUCCUCUCAGCAGGAUGACCAGCACAAGCCUGAGGAUGGUGUCCUGAACAACCCAAGUGCCUGGAAGCCUGAUGACACUGAUGUCAACCCGUAUAUCCAGAUUGACCUGCAAGAGCCGACCCACGUGACCGGCUUCAUCACCCAGGGCAAGCCUGAGACCAAUGAGUUUGUCACCACCUACACUGUCUACUACAGCAACGAUGGUGUCAACUUCCUGCCAUACACUGAUGAGUUCAACAGGCCUGUGACCUUCACUGCCAACAGUGACAGCACCACCCCAGUCACCAACCUGCUGGAUGUGAACCGACCAAUCACAGCUCAGUACUUCCAGAUCCACCCAACAACCUUCAAUGAGGACAUCGCCAUGCAGGUUGAGAUUCUUGGCUGCAAGGAGACCACAACUACCAUUGCAACCACGACUCUUGGUACCACAACUACCAAGCCAGCUCAGACUGAGACCACCGUUGUCACCGGUACAACCGCUACAACCACCAUUGCCACUGUGCCAACUGGUCAGACAACCACCACUGGUGCUUUCACACAGACCCAGCCUAUCACCACCACCCAGGCUGUGGUCACUGAGACCGAGCCUGUUGUGUGCAAUGACUGGACUCCGUGGGUGAACAUGGAUACCCCUGCUGAUGGUGGAGACUAUGAGACAGUUGCUCAGCUUGUCCAGCUCUUCCCAUUCUGUCAGGGCAUGCUCAGGGACGUGGAGUGCCGCCUUGUCGGCACCCAGACACCGUGGUUCUCCUCUGGAGACAUGGGCGUGCGUUGCGAGGCAGCGUCCGGCUUGAUCUGCGACGACUCCAACAACUUCCCUGUCAGCUGCCAGGACUACGAGAUCAGGGCUUUCUGCGUCUGUGCUACUACAGCUGUGCCCACAGUGACAAUCUCCCUGUCCACCACACCGACAACCAAGCCAACCACAACACAGGGUAAUGUUGAUGGUGAAACACCAACAACAACCCUGAAGCCAGAGCCAGUGUGCACUCCCGACAUGCAUGGCUGGACUGACUGGAUGAACGUGCACUACCCGACCCCUCUCACUGGUGGAGAUUUCGAAACUUAUGACAACCUCAGGGACAAGUUUGACUUCUGUCCAGAGGAUACCAUCACAGACAUCGAGUGCCGCGUGACUGGUGCCAACUUGGACUACACCAUGGCUGGACAGACAGUUACCUGUGACGCCGCUGUUGGUCUCAUCUGCAACGACAAUGACCAGAUGGGUCCAAUGCCUAACUGCUUCGAUUACGAGAUCAGGGUCUUCUGUAACUGUGCAGAAACCACCACAGCUCAGGUUACGACAACCGCACAGAUGACCACAGGCACACUUGGUACGCUGACACCUCCAACUCAGAGCACCACCAUGAAGCCUGUCACUACCACCAUCGGCGGAGUCAGCCCGGGCACAGACAUCGUCACGUUCACUGCCUCCACCACGCAGCAGGCUACCACCACCCAGAGCACUGCCGGUACCACCACCAAGCCACUCACCACCACCAAGCCGAUUGGUACACUGACACCUACCAUGGCUACCAGCACUCUGAAGCCCGUCACCACUACCAUUGGCUCUGGUACUCCAGGUACUGAUGUUGUCACUGUCACUGAGGGUACUACUGCCACCCAGCAGUUCACCACCACCCAGAGUACCACAGGUACCACAACCAAGCCAACAACAGAGAGCACUACUACCAAGCCUCAAUUCACAUACGAGUUCUGUGUUGAUGGAUGGACACCAUUCUACAACACCCACGAGCCAAACCCACUCAACCCUCUGGAUGGUGACUUUGAGCCUUUGGACCAGAUUGUGACCACCUACAACCUCUGUGGUGGCAACCCUGACAUGGUCGAGGCCAUCAACUGCCGCGAGGUUGGCUCCAUGGCUCCAUGGGACAGCACUGGUGCAGCAGGCCUUGUGUGUGACACCACCAAUGGCUUCUACUGUGCCAACAACCAAAACUACCCAGUUGGCUGUGAUGACUACGAGAUCAGCGUUCUGUGUAACUGUGGCGAGACCACCACUGAGGUGUUCACCACCAAGCCAACACAGACCCAGACCUCCAUUGGCACUCUGCCUACUGGUACCACCACCACACUGGCCACUGCCUCCACCACCAAGCCAAUCAUUGUGACUGAGACUGUUGCCCAGACAACAACCAUCGGCCAGACCACCACCAAGCCGACACAGACCCAGACUCAGACCAUUGGCACCCAGCCUACUGGUACCACCACCCUCGGCACUGUGACCUUCCCAACCGACACCACCACACUGGCCACUGGUACUACCACCAAGCCAGUAAUGGUGACCGAGACUGUUGCACAGACAACAACCACUGGUCAGACUCCAGGUACAACACAGCAGAGCACCACUGCCACCAUCGGUACACUGACACCUACCAUGGCUACCACCACCAUGAAGCCUGUCACCACUACCAUUGGCUCUGGUACUCCUGGUACUGAUGUUGUCACCGUCACCGAGGGUACUACUGCUACCCAGCAGUUCACCACCACCCAGAGUACCACAGCUACCACAACCACCAAGCCUGUGACUACCACCAAGCCUCAAUUCACAUACGAGUUCUGUGUUGACGGAUGGACGCCAUUCUACAACAUCCAUGAGCCAAACCCACAGGACUUCCAGGAUGGUGACUUUGAGCCACUGGACCAGAUUGUGACCACCUACAACCUCUGUGGUGGCAACCCUGACAUGGUCGAGGCCAUCAACUGCCGCGAGGUUGCCAGUCUUGCUCCAUGGGACAGCACUGGUGCAGCAGGCCUUGUGUGUGACACCACCACCGGCUUCUACUGCUCCAACUCUCUCAACUACCCUGUCAUGUGUGACGACUACGAGAUCAGCGUUCUCUGUAACUGUGGCGAGACCACCACUGAGUUCCAGACCACUACCACCCAGGCCACCACCACCACCAAGCCACUGGUCACCGGUAUCUUUGAGACCACUGGAACCACCACGAAGCCCAUGGUUACCGGCACCAUUGCCACCGUGACCACCCCUGGCCAGACCACAACUAGUCAGUUCACCACCAUCCCGACACUCCCAGUGACUGCUUGCCCUGAUGGUGCAGAGUACUGGACUCCAUUCCUGAGCAUCGACAAGCCUGAUGCUGGUAGCGACAACGGAGACCACGAGCCCAUGGACCAACUGCAGGCACUCUUCCACUUCUGUGACAAGGAGAUGAUCAACGACAUCGUCUGCAAGGAGACUGUUACAGGUCUGCUGCACACUGAUACCAACCAGGUGGUCACCUGCGACAUUGUCAACGGCUUCCACUGUGACAAUGCCAUGCAGAAGCCUGGCGAGAUCUGCCACGACUAUUCCGUCUCUGUCCACUGUGACUGCCGCGAGCCCACAACCACACAGCAGGUCACCACCACCACACAGAAGCCUACCACAGCAACAGCUACUGCCACUGUGCCAGGUAACCCAACCACCACCAAGCCCAUCCAGACAACUGGUGAGACAACCAUUGUCACUGGUACAACAACCAUCGCAGGUACCACUGGUACAACCACCCUGCCCAUUGGAGAAGUGACCACCCCUGUCACUGGUACAACAACCAUCGCAGGUACCACUGGUACAACUACCCUGCCCAUUGGAGAAGUGACCACUGGCAAGCCAACAACCACCCAGCAGCAGUCCACCACCCAGACCCAGCUCUUCACUGAUACCACUGUGCAAACUGGACCAACCACCACAGGCCAGGGCGAGACAACAUCUGCCCAGUUCACUGUCACACAGACAACAUCAGAGUCCACUACCCCCAUCACAGUGGAAGGAUGCAAGCCUGGCCAGCAGUUCUACUGGACACCGUUCCUGAACGUGGACCGUCCCGACACUGGCGCAGACAACGGUGACCACGAGCCCAUCGACCUGCUCCACACUCAGUACCAGUUCUGUCGCAACGACAUGAUCACUGACAUCAUCUGCAGGGAGGCCGACACUGGUCUGAUGCACCAUGUGAACAGCCAGGUUGUCACCUGUGACAUCAUCAACGGCUUCAGCUGCGACAACGACAUGCAGGCUCCUGGCGAAUCUUGCUACGACUACGAGGUGUCCAUCAAGUGCAGCUGCAUUGAGCCAACUACUCAGCAGAUACUCACUACUACCAUUGGCCAAGAAACCACCACCAAGCCAAUGAGCACCCAGGAGAUCACCACCACCAAGCCAAUCAUGACAACUGGUGAGACAACAACUGCUGUCACUGGUACAACAACCAUUGCAGGUGUCACUGAGACAACCACCCUGCCCGUUGGAGUGACUACUGGUACAACCACUACUCAGGGCAUUGUCACUGAGACAACCACGUUGAAGCCUACCACAGCAACAGCCACUGCCACUGUGCCAGGCAACCCAACCACCACCAAGCCCAUGACAACUGGUGAGACAACAACUGCUGUCACUGGUACAACAACCAUCGCAGGUACCACUGGUACAACCACCCUGCCCAUUGGUACCCUGCCAACUGAUACAACCACCCAGCAGCAGACAACUAAGCCAACCACCACCAAGCCGAUCACCACAACUGCCGGAGAAACCACCACCCUGCAGACCCAGACUCUGCCAACCCUGCCAACCCAGCCUACAGAGACCUCCACUCUGCCUGGUGUCACCACCACAGCUACCAUCACUGAUACUGGUGCCACCCAGACUGUGUCCAUCACAACAACACCAGCAACAACCACUCAGGCCGUCACCCUGUCACCCAUGUGUGUGGAGACUGGCUGGACUAGCUGGAUGAACCUGGACAGGCCACUGCUCGGCAACAACAAUGGCGAUGUUGAGUCCUUCGACUCUCUGCGCCAGAAGUUCCAGUUCUGUGACAGGAUGGACAUGACCAUGGUUCAGUGCCGCGAGGUCAGCACCCAGGUGGCAUCUACCAUGUCUGGCCAGAACGUGCGCUGCAGCUUGGACCACAACGGCUUCCAGUGCCUGAACGACAGGCAGCCUGACGGACAGCUCUGCAAGGACUACGAGAUCCGCGUCUUCUGUAACUGCGGCGAGACAACUGUUGCAACAACAACAACAGCUGCAACCACAACAACUGCUGCAACAACACUUGCUACACAGACACAGACUGUGCCAGUUGUGACCACCACAACCAAGCCAAUCACGUUCUCUACUACCACUGUCCCAGCCAACCCCACCACCACCCAGACCACCAUCCAGACCACCACACCAGAGGUCUGUGUUGAUGGCUGGACUCCAUGGAUCAGCUCUGACAACCCAGCCAACCCGACCCACCCCAACACCGGUGAUGUCGAGACCAUCGACAACCUGCGCGACCGCUACGCUUUCUGUCAGGACGACAUGAUUGUGGAGAUCGAGUGCCGCACAGUCAACACCAUGAUUGACUCUGAUGCUACCGGCCAGAACGUGAUCUGUGACGUGAACCAGGGUCUCAUCUGCGUGGAUGCCUUCCAGCCUGAUGGCCGCAAGUGCGAGGACUACGAAGUCAGGAUCAACUGCCAGUGCGGAACAACUCCAGCACCUGAGACAACCACCACCCAGCAGACCACUACCACUGGCACCAUGGGCACCCUGCCAACCCUGCCAACUGAGACCUCCACUCUGCCAGGUGUCACCACCACAGCUACUGUCAUCGAUACUGAAGCCACCCAGACUGUGUCCAUCGGAACAACUGGCAAGCCAACCACAACUCUCUCCACCACCAAGCCCACCAGCACCCAGGUCUUCACUGAUACCACCACUACUCAGGAGACACAGACUACCACCAAGCCUGGUGUGAUCACCACCACCCAGGCCACCCCUGGUACUCUGCCUACCACCACUGGUACCACCAUUGGCUCUUUCACCACCACCCCUGGAGAGUUCACCACUCAGACUGAGGUUGUGACUUCUAAGCCCACAGAUACCACCACCUCCCAGUUCACCACGACAACAAUGCCUACCAAGCCUGUCACUGAGGCCACCACCACCACUGGUGUGUCCGACCAGACCUUCCCGCCAAUGUGCGUUGUCAAUGGAUGGUCUCCGUUCAUGAACGUUGACUCUCCUCUCACCGCACCUGGCGACCUGGAGACCAUCGAUGCCCUGAGGCAGAAGUACACCUUCUGUGCCUACCCAGCCAUGAUCGAGUGCCGUACCGUGGACACUCAGCAGACUCCUCAGGAUGCCGGAGAGAAGGCCACAUGUGACCUGGUCAACGGCCUGGUGUGUCUGAACGAGGACCAGAACCUUGGUCAGACUUGCUCCGACUAUGAAGUCAGUGUCUACUGUAUCUGUGGAACAACUACCCCACAGACAACAAUCACACAGACAGUUGUUACCACAACUGCCCAGACACCUGGCACCGCCACACAGACCAUUGGUGAGACAACCACCAUUGUCACAGGCACCACAACCGCCCAGACACCAGGCACCGCCACACAGACUGUUGUUGGUGAGACCACCACCAUCGCCACAGCACCCACACCAGGCACUACAACAACUGCCCAGACACCUGGCACCGCCACACAGACUGUCAUCAGUGAGACAACCACCCUUGUCACAGGCACUACAACCGCCCAGACACCAGGCACCGCCACACAGACUGUUGUUGGUGAGACCACCACCAUCGCCACAGCACCUACACCAGGCACUACAACCACUGCCCAGACACCUGGCACCGCCACACAGACCGUUAUCAGUGAGACAACCACCCUGGCAACAGGCACUACAACAGUCCAGACACCUGGCACUGCCACACAGACAGUUAUCAGUGAGACAACCACCCAGGCAACUGCCACUACAACUGGCCAGACACCAGGCACCGUCACACAGACCACAACAACCAAGCCUCCAGUCAUCAUCACCGACAUCUUCACCCAGCCUGCCACCACCACCGAGCGUCCUCAGCCACAGAUCAUCUGUGUUGAGGAUGGCUGGACACCAUGGAUGAACUCCGAUACUCCAUCCACUGGCCCCAACAAUGGUGACUACGAGAUCAUCCCUGUGCUGAGGGAUGAGUAUGCCUUCUGUGCCAAUGAGAUGAUCGUGAGUGUGGAAUGCCGCAUCACUGGAACUGCCCAGAACAUCGCUAACGGUGAGAAUGGCGUGACCUGCACUGUCGAUGAUGGUCUGCGCUGCGACAACAAGAACAUGGCCAUUGGAGAACAGUGUGAUGACUACGAGAUCAGGUUCUACUGCGACUGUGCUGAGGAAACCACUGUUGCUACCACAACUAUCGCAACUGCAACCACCACCACCAAGCCUGGUGAGACCACCACCCUCGCAACCGCUCCUACUGCGACCAUGACCACCACCCAGAAGCCUGAGGAGACCACCACUCUGGCCACCACCAAGCCCGAGGAGACCACCACCACCGCACAGCAGCCCACCACAGAGACCGGCAUCUUCACCACCAUCAUGACCUGGUUCACUUCCACCGGCUCCACCACCACACCCAAGCCGGUCUCCACCACCCAGCUGCUCACCACCAAGCCGACUGAGACUCAGACGGUUCCAGAGACCACCGCCACUCAGGCAACCACAACCACAGGCAAGCCAACCACAGCCUCCACUACUACUCUCCCAGCCAACCCCGUCACUGAGACUCAGACUCUGGGCACCCUGCCAACCCUGCCAACUGAGACCUCCACUCUGCCAGGUGUCACCACCACAGCUACUGUCAUCGAUACUGAAGCCACCCAGACUGUGUCCAUCGGAACAACUGGCAAGCCAACCACAACUCUCUCCACCACCAAGCCCACCAGCACCCAGGUCUUCACUGAUCUGACCACCACCACCAACAGGACUCCGUUCCCAGCCAUCUGUGUGGACGGAUGGACUGACUGGAUGAAUGCUGACAGCCCAACCAGUGAUGACAACAACGGUGAUGUCGAGACCUUCGACAGUCUGCGCGAGAUGUACAGCUUCUGUGCUGAGAACAUGAUCAUCGACGUCGAGUGCAGGACCGCCACCCUCGGUGCACCGUUCCAGAUCUCUGGAGACGUCGGCGUGACUUGUGACGUCACCAACGGCCUGACCUGCAGCAACGACAUGCAGGGCAACUCCCUGAACUGCCAGGAUUACGAGAUCCGUGUCCUCUGCCAGUGCUCUGAGACUACAACAGCAACCACAACUCAGCAGACCACUACCCUGGCUACACAGACCACCACUGCUGCCACCACCGCCACUCAGCAGACCACAACUCUGGCAACCACAAAGCCAACUGAGAUCCAGACUACCAGUGCAACUGAGAAGCCAACCACCACUACCGCUCAGACAACCCUGGGUACUCAGACCACCACAACUGGUCAGGAGACCACUACCUUGGCUACACAGACCACCACUGGUAUUCAGGAUACCACAACGCUGGCAACAACAAAGCCAACUGAGAUCCAGACUACCAGUGCUACUGAGAAGCCAACCACCACAACUGGUCAGGAGACCACUACCCUGGCUACACAGACCACCACUGCCUCUACCACUGGUACUCAGCAGACCACAACUCUGGCAACAACAAAGCCAACUACAGCUAGUACCACUGUGGAGACCAAGCCAACCACUCCUGCUACCACUACCGCUAUCGCCAACCCGACUACACCACCCAAGGUUUGCGUAGAUGGAUGGACUCAGUGGAUGAACGUUGACAAGCCGAACUCCAACACAGUUGGUGAUGUUGAGACUAUCACCAACCUGGAGCAGAAGUACAGCUUCUGUGAAGAGGAAAUGAUCACAGAUGUCCAGUGUAUGGAUGUGAUGUCUGGCUUUGUCUUCGACGACAACACUGCACCUCUGGGUGUGACCUGCCGCCCUGACGUUGGUCUGAUCUGUGUGAGUGGACCAAUGGAUCCGACUGGACAGAUCACCACCACCACAGAGUGCCAGGAUUAUGCUGUGCGUCUGGAGUGUACCUGCUCAACUACCCAGCAGAUCAUGACUACCAAGCCGACAACCACCAUUGGUGUAGUGACCACCACCAAGCCAAUCAGCACCCAGGAGGUCUCCACCACCAAGCCUAUCACAACGACUGGCACUGCAACAACAAUCGUUGCAGGUCCCGGGUCUACAACCACCCUGCCCAUUGGAACCGUGACCACUGGUACAACCACCCAACAGGUUACAACCACCACCAAGCCCAUCUCCACUGCUGAGACUACAACUGCUGUCACUGGUACAACAACCAUCGCAGGUGGCACUCAAACCACUGGCCUGCCCACUGGAACCAUGACCACUGGUACAACCACUGCUGUCACUGGUACAACCACCCAGCAGUUUACCACCACCACCAAGCCCAUCUCCACUGGUGAGACAACCAUUGUCACGCAGAAGCCUACCACAGCAACAGCUACUGCCACUGUGCCAGCCAACCCGACCACCACCAAGCCCAUCCAGACAACUGUUGGUACAACCACCACUGUGCAGACCCAGACUCUGCCAACCCUGCCAACCCUGCCUACUGGGACCACCACUCUGAACCCAUUCACCACCACAGGUGUUGUUAUUGACACUGGCGCCACCCAGACCGUCUCCAUCCCGACCGGCACAACAACUCUGCUCACACCAAUCAGCACUGUGGUUGUAACUGGUACACAGAAGCCUACCACCACUGGAUCCGUGACUGUCACUGGCGUGUUCACAGAGACGACCACCAAGCCAGCAACUGGUACAGCCACCUCCAUUGCAACUGGUACCACCACCACCAUUGGAACUGCCACUCAGACUGAGCAGUUCACCACUGGUGCCACCACGGUUACGACUCCACAGACCACCACUGGUGUCACUGUCGAAGUCUGCCAGGAGCCUCUUGGCAUGGAGGGCGGCCAGAUCAGGCCUGACCAGAUCACCAGCUCCACUCAGCUGGAUGACCAGCACAGUCCUGACCAGGGUACCCUGAACAACAAGCCUUCCGUUGAUGGCAGCGGAGUCUGGAGCCCAGCUGUUGAUGACAAGAACCCCUACCUCCAGGUGGACCUCGGCACACCGACCCACGUGACUGGCUUCAUCACCCAGGGCCACCCCACUCAGCCUGAAUGGGUCACCACCUACUACAUCACCUACAGCAACGAUGGUGUCAACUUUGUGCCAUACACUGAUGAGUUCGGCAACCCUGUGCUCUUCACCGCCAACACAGACAACACCACCCCAGUCACCAACCUGCUGGAUGCCAACCGACCAAUUGCAGCUCAGUACAUCCAGAUCCACCCACAGGACUUCAACAACCAGAUCAGUCUGCAGUUCGAGCCUCUGGGAUGCACAGAGACCACCACCACUAUUCAGACUCUGACAACAACCAUCCAGACUGGCCAGACCACCACUGGGCAGACCACCACUGGGGCCACCACAGCUACUACUCCACAGACCACCACUGGUGUCACUGUUGAUGUUUGCCAGGAGCCUCUUGGCAUGGAGGGCGGCCAGAUCAGGCCUGACCAGAUCACCAGCUCCUCUCAGCUGGAUGACCAGCACAGUCCUGACCAGGGUACCCUGAACAACAAGCCUUCUGUUGAUGGCAGCGGAGUCUGGAGCCCAGCUGUUGAUGACAAGAACCCCUACCUCCAGGUGGACCUCGGCACACCAACCCACGUGACUGGCUUCAUCACCCAGGGCCACCCCACUCAGCCUGAAUGGGUCACCACCUACUACAUCACCUACAGCAACGAUGGUGUCAACUUUGUGCCAUACACUGAUGAGUUCGGCAACACUGUGCUCUUCACAGCCAACACUGAUGGCACCACCCCAGUCACCAACCUGCUGGAUGCCAACAGGCCAAUCACAGCUCAGUACAUCCAGAUCCACCCACAGGACUUCAACAACCAGAUCAGUCUGCAGUUCGAGCCUCUGGGAUGCAACGUGAUCACCACCACUACUGGCAAGCCAACCACCACCCAGGCUGUGACUUCCCCAACCACCACCCUGUCCACUGCCUUCACCACUACUGGACCUUGCCAGGAUCCAAUGGGUCUUGAGAACGGCCUGAUCUCUUCCAACAUGAUCAGCGUAUCCAGCCAGCUUCUGCCAACAUCUGGUGCCGACAGCGGCCGUCUCAACACACCUGAGUCCCCGACUAGCGCCGGCGGCUGGGUGCCUGCUGUCAACGACCAGAGCCAGUGGAUUGAGAUCAACCUGGGCCAGCCUACCCAGAUCACAGGCUUGAUCACCCAGGGUAGGGACAGUGUGACUGCUGACCAGUGGGUCACCUCCUACAAGAUCAUGUACAGCGUCAACGGACAGACCUGGCAGUACUACAACAGCCCUGCUGGAACUCCACAGAUCUUCCCGGCCAACUCUGAUGAGAACACACCCAACCGUCAGCUGUUUGACCUGAACAACCCGAUCUACGCCGAGUACAUCCGUAUCCAGCCUGUCACCUGGCACGAGUGGCCAUCCAUGAGGGUGGAGAUUCUGGGCUGUGCUGAAGCAACAACCACCACCAUUGCCACAGCUACCACACCAGGCACUACCCAGACUUCCAUCGUCACUGGCACUGUUGGCACCACACAGACCUCCAUUGUGACCGAUACCACCACUCUGGCCACUGCCACAACUCCAGGCACUACCCAGACCUCCAUCGUCACUGGCACUGUUGGCACCACACAGACCUCCAUUGUGACUGACACCACCACUCUGGCCACAGCUACCACCCCAGGCACUACCCAGACCUCUAUCCUCACCGACAAGCCUGUGACCACCACCAUUGCCACUGCCACAACACCAGGUACUACCCAGACCUCCAUCGUCACUGGCACAACUGGUACGACCCAGACAGCUAUCGUGACUGAGAAGCCUGUGACCACCACUCUGGCCACUGCCACCACACCGGGCACUACCCAGACCUCCAUCGUCACUGGCACUGUUGGCACCACACAGACCUCCAUUGUGACUGACACCACCACCCUUGCCACCAAGCCUGAGACUGUGCAGACCACCACUGUCCCUGAGACUACCGUCUGCCAGGAGCCUCUUGGCAUGGAGGGCGGCCAGAUCAGGCCUGACCAGAUCACCAGCUCCACUCAGCUGGAUGACCAGCACAGUCCUGACCAGGGCACCCUGAACAACAAGCCUUCUGUUGAUGGCAGCGGAGUCUGGAGCCCAGCUGUUGAUGACAAGAACCCCUACCUCCAGGUGGACCUUGGCACACCGACCCACGUGACUGGCUUCAUCACCCAGGGCCACCCCACUCAGCCUGAAUGGGUCACCACCUACUACAUCACCUACAGCAACGAUGGUGUCAACUUUGUGACAUACACUGAUGAGCUUGGUAACCCUGUGCUCUUCACAGCCAACACAGACAGCACCACCCCAGUUACCAACCUGCUGGAUGCCAACAGGCCAAUCACAGCUCAGUACAUCCAGAUCCACCCACAGGACUUCAACAACCAGAUCAGUCUGCAGUUCGAGCCUCUGGGAUGCAACGUGAUCACCACCACUGUUGCCACCACUACUGGCAAGCCAACCACCACACUGGCCACUGCCACAACACCUGGCACCACUCAGACCUCUAUCCUGACUGACAAGCCUGACACCACCACCAUUGCCACUGCCACAACACCAGGCACUACCCAGACCUCCAUCGUCACUGGCACUGUUGGCACCACACAGACCUCCAUUGUGACCGACACCACCACUCUGGCCACUGCUACCACACCAGGCACUACCCAGACCUCCAUCGUGACUGGCACAACUGGUACUGCUGGCACCACGCAGACAGCUAUUGUCACUGACAAGCCUGUGACCACUACCAUUGGCACUGCCACUGCCACCAACCCACAGUCUACUGCUACCCUGAUCAGCACUCUGCCAUAUGAGGACUGUAUCAUUUGGGCUCCAUAUGUCAACACCAACUACCCAACUCCUGUGGAGGGUGGAGACUUUGAGACCAUCGCCAACGUGAUUGCUGCAUCUACCUGCAAGAACCCUGUGGACAUCAAGUGCCAGGUUGCUGGAUUCGCCAUGCCAUACCAGGAUGUUGUGAACAUGGGCAUGCAGAACAACAUCAACUGUAACCUGUGGACUGGUCUGACCUGUAGCGACAACGAGCAGCCUAGCGGCUCCUGCUACGACUACGAGGUUGCUCUGGGUUGCUGGGACAUGACGGAGCCACUCUGUGUGCCACCAACCACCGCCAGCACCACCCAGAUGACCACCCUUGCCCAGACCACCACCACCACCGCAGCGGUCACCACCACCGCCGCCACUGUGGAGCCAUGCCCAGACAUGCCACUGUCCACCGCCUGGGGCUGUGGCGACGCUGGCUGCGAGCAGGGCUACUACUGCUACGAGGGUAACUGUGUCAAGGCUCUGGACUGCCCAUGUGUGCUGCCUGACGGCUCUAUCCAUAGGCCCAUGCAGUUCUGGAACGACGAUGCUACCUGCCAGACCUGCACAUGCCUGGGUGGAGGUGCCUCCGGUGUCACCUGCAUGACCCAGACCUGCCCCAUCCUGUCUUCUGCUGACUGCCCACAGGGUAUGUACUACCAGAAGCCUGAUGGCCAGUGCUGCGGCGAGUGUGUCAACGACAUCUGCCACGAGGACGAGUUCCACUGCUACCUCGGCUCCGCCGGAGAGUGCAUCCCGCUCAUCUGGAUGUGCGAUGGCGUGCCUCACUGUACCAAUGGAGAGGAUGAGGACAAGUGCGAGACCACUCCACUGCCCACAACUACUCUGGCAACUUUCCCAACUGCAACAGCCACCAGCACCAUCAUCGGCACCCUGCCCACUGUCACUGCACCAACGACCGGCGUUGUCACCCAGACUGGCGUCGUCACAACAAAGCCUACCUCCUUCACCACGCUCAUCGCUGGUGAGACUAGCACUGCCACAGUACCAAUUGGCACAGCAACUGCGACUGUCACUCAGUCCACUCUGCCUACCGUCGUGAUGACCACUGGCAAGCCAAUAACUACAACAAUGGCCACCAAGCCAACCACCGUGUCCACGACCACCAAGCCAGCCGAUGUGGGUCUCACCACCGCGGGCACUCCCGUCCAGAGCGACCAGUGCGUGAUGUACGAGGACACGACCUUCCAGACCUUCGACAACACCCUGUACGAGUACCCGAUCUGCAGCCACGUGCUGGCCAAGGACUGUACUGGUGGACUCUUCCAGGUCAUGGCUGUCCUGGACUGCACCGGUGUUGACAACCGCCUGCUGUGCCGCCGCGGUAUCGAAGUGGAGAUCGGUGCUCACACCUUCUUCUUCGAGCGCAUGAACUACUUCAAGUACAACGACAGGUUCGUGAGCUGGACCAACAUCGAUGCCUUCAACCAGGCUCUUUCUGCUGAUGGUAUCCACAUCCAGAAGUACGGUGGAGAGAUCAUCGUCACCACAGACAUCGGAGUCACCAUCAGGUGGACCGAGCGCUACGAGGCCAAGAUUGAGGUGACCCCAGCCCUGCACAACCAGCUGUGCGGUCUGUGCGGACCCAACAACUACGACCCCACCGACGACUUCAUGAUGCAGUCCGGCGUCCUGACCUCUGACGUGACCGCCUUCGGAGACAGCUGGUCCACCGGAGACAACACCUGCCCCGAGGCUGUGGCUCUGCAGAGCUGCCCCAUCGAGAUGAUGGUGGAGGCCCAGGCCAAGUGUGACAUCCUCAGGAGUGAUAUCUUCUCUGCCUGCCACCCAUACAUCGAUGUGGAGAUCUUCCACAGGCUGUGUAUGUCUGACGUGUGCCAGUGUCUGCAGUCCGACCUUGCUGCCCAGGCUGCCGGUGUGGCUGACUGUGAGUGCGACGCCCUGUCCGCCUACAGCCGUGCCUGCGCCCAGCAUGACAUGAACGUGGUUCUGGACUGGAGGAAUCCUCUGCGCUGUCCUGCCGAGUGCCCACCGGGUAUGGUUUACCAGGAGUGUGGCUCUGCCUGCCCGUACACCUGCGCCAACAUGCACGACCCCACCCACACCUGCGACCAGCCGUGCGUCCAGGGCUGUGUCUGCCCCGACAACAUGGUGCUGAUGGGAGACGAGUGUGUCAAGCCUGACAUGUGCACAGACUGCUUCUGCUAUGGCUAUGGUGAUCCUCACUACGUGAGCUUCGACGGCACCUACUUCCCCUUCCAGGGUAACUGCACAUACGUGCUGUCCAGGGACAUGACCACAAGAGCACAUGACUACGAGGUUCUGGUCCACAAUGUUGAGUGCCACUACCAGCAGCGUGGAACCUGCACCAAGGCUGUGACUGUCCGCCAUGCUGGCCACGAGGUCACCCUGAUGAACGGCCGUGUGGUUAAGGUUGACGGUGCCUACUCCCAUGUGAACUACAACGCACCAGUGACCACCCAGGGCAUGGAGGUGCGUCUGGCCGGUCUGCAGCUUGAGCUGAAGAUCCCCACCCUCAACAUCAUCGUCACCUUCAACGAGAUCAACCAUGGUUUCAGCGUCCAGGUGCCAGUGUCCCGCUACUACGGCCGUACCGAGGGUCUCUGUGGUCCAUGCGACUACAACCAGAACAACGACUUGACCAUGCCUGACGGAGCCAUCUCCAGCAUCCCUGAUGAGUUUGGCUUCAGCUGGCUCACAGGAUUCCCAGGUGGUAUCCCAGAAGAACCAGGCACCCUGCCAUACGAGCCAUUCCAGGGACCAGACGAGCCCGUCACCGGUACCCCCGAGGAGUUCUGUCAGAUCCUGCCCGCCACCUUCCCGCCAAACGGUGUCUGCGAUGUGCCAACCGACCGCUGCGAGGUGAUCCGUGGUCCACUGUUCGAGGACUGCAACCUGCUGAUCAACCCCGACACCUUCGUGGAGGCCUGCAUCUUCGACGUCUGCAACUCUGACCUGGACACACCCGAGGACCAGGCCUGUGAUGCCAUCGCUGCCUACGCCCAGAUGUGCCUGAUGCAGGGCAUCUGUGUCGACUGGAGGGACGACAGUCUCUGCCCGAUCCACUGCCCGGCACCAAUGGAGUUCACCGAGUGCGGCACCGGCUGCCCUGCCACCUGCGACGACCCCACCGCCCAGAACUGCGACACCACCCUGCCUGGCUGCUACUGUCCUGAUGGCAUGGUCCUGCAUGAGAACCAGUGUAUGGCUCCAGAGGAGUGCCCUGUGUGCUUCGAGAAGGACGGCACUGGAUACAUGCUUGGUGAGACCUGGAACCCAGCUGGUGACGUCUGCACCGUCUGCACCUGCGCGGCUGCCGGCACCAUCACCUGCUCUCCCAAGUCCUGCCCGACCUCCACCACACCUGUCUGCGGAGAUGGCAUGAAGGUCGACACUCUCCUGACUGACGACAACUGCUGUAGCAUCGAGAUCUGCACAUUGUGUCUGGACUCUGACUGUCCGUUCCAGCCUACUGCACCUACCUGUGCUCUGGGCGAGACACUCAUGGAGCUGUACUCUAGCGACUGCUGCAAGAACUACACUUGUGUCUGUGACGCAUCCAAGUGUCCUCCUGCUGACAUCCCCAGCUGCGACGCCACUCAGGGCCUGACUCUGUCCGUGGACAACACCCAGUGCUGCGCUCAGUACUCAUGCGAGUGUACCACACCGCCUGCUGUACCGACCUGCCAGCCGUUCUUUGAGGUCCAGGCUACAGGCGUCACAUCCUGCGGAUUCUCUACCUAUGACUGUAGACCACCAAGUGAGGGCUGUGUGCAUGACAACCAGCUGUACACUCUUGGUGAGAUGUGGGCUCCAGACGUCUGCACGGUGUGCCGCUGCAGCGAGCAGGCCAGCGCUAACGGAGAACACGAGGUCUUCUGCGAGACUCAGAGAUGCCCAACUGCCGCCGACUGUCCUGCAGGCUAUGAGCUGGUGAUGAUUGGUGGCGAGUGCUGCGGUGAGUGCAGACAGACCCACUGCUCUGUCCAGAUGGACGGACAGGAUCAGCCUCAGCUCUACGCUGUUGGAGAGACCUGGACUGUGGAAGGCUCCUGCCCGCAGGAGGAGUGUGUGUGCAUGGAGCAGUACGGCCGCCCGUACACAACAUGCAGCACCACAACAUGCCCAGACAUCACAGGCUGCCCACAGGAGUUCAUCGCUAUGGAUGAGAAUGGAUGCUGCCAGAUCUGCCAGGAGACCAGCCACGGCUGCAGUGCUGUCCUGAAGGAAGGUCAUCCACAGAAACUCAAGGUCGGCAUCUGUGAAUCCAUCGUGGAGGUCAACGUCACCGAGUGUGAAGGUCGCUGCGGCUCCUCUACAUCUGUGCUGUUCCCAGACGACUACUCACAGCCUCAUACAUACCAGGAGAACUGCAACUGCUGCAAGCCGACCAAGACCGAGCGCCGCCAGGUGGACAUGGUUUGCGAGGACUUCACUCAGGUCGUACACGAGUACGACGUGAUCAUGGAGUGUUCGUGCGAGGCCUCACAGUGCGUCCAGUGGUCUCAGCCGUAGUCUCCACAUGGCAAUCCUACAAGGCAGCACCACGAUCGUUAAUAUAGUUAAUAUUAGUAAUUCCUCACCGUAGUUUUCCCUUCAUUGUCAUUUUCAAGUAUUCCCUAUAUUUGCAUUUUAAAGCUUCCUCCAUCGUGUUUUAAGCCCUACAAAUGUUCAUCACAACGACCUGCCUUUUGAGGGGCAGAAAAAAAAUAUAAGUUUUUUGUUGUAGAUAUUCAAGAAACACCGGUAGAUUUUAUGUUGAACUAUUUUGUGUUGGAAGUUGGCAAAAACUGUAAUGUAGCGCAUAAGAACAAACCGUGUUCCCAAAAAAAGAAUUGGUGAGGAAAUAGAAUGAAUAUGAAUUUAUGCAAA